AUGUCUCGUCUCUCCCUGACCUGCAUGCUCCCCAAGCAUCCCUUGCCCCACAGCCCCUCGCCCGUGCUCGCCAAGCUCCUGGUCACCACCGCUGUGGACGCCCCGGCGUUCCCGCUCAUAGACUCCUCUCCUGUCACCUCCUUCACGCUAAGCCUGCGAGAAUACCUCCAGGGCGUAGCCCCCUCCACUCUCGGCCAUGGACACGGCCGAGCCGAGCUCGCCGUCGUGUGCGUCGUUGUCGUCGCCCGUGGAACCCUGCGAACAACGCCGUCGCCCGUUUCGCCCGCGCCGACGACCGAGGGGAACACGGGCAUCUCCAAGACACCGAGCAGCGUGCCAUGUCGCCGACGCACAGCCAUUCCGCCCUCAGCUGCACCGUCCCCGACCCGUCUCUGCAUCGUCUCCGCCGCCGACGAUGGACGCCUUGGACAUGGCGGACGCGGAGCUCACCUCCGUUCUCGUCGACAUGCAGCAAGCUGCCUCUGCAUGCACGCCUCGCCGGCCAAGUCGUGCAACAGCACGCCUCCGCACCUUCGCCCCCGUCGCCUCCACGCCACACCACUCCGUCGCCCACGAGCCACCCUCGGUGAGCCACUCUCUGCCUCCGUCAUCGACCCGUACGUCCGAGCUGGAGUCUCCGAUGCCACGCUCGCUCGCUUCGCCGCCGAUUUCCGCGAGCUCUGCCUUCGCGUCCAAGGCAUAGAGUGGGGCAGCCGCGAGCCGCCGCGCCGUCUCCACCUCAUCUCCGUCGCCUCCAGACCUCCCCACGAAUGCGAGUGCUAUCGGAAUAGAAGGAGAGGAUCUUGAUGAGGAUUUUGAAGAGGAAGGAUGAGCAGAUGAUUCGUGAAGAUGAAGUCAAGGGACAAAUAGCCAACAAAGGCAAGCCACCUCUUGAUGCAUAUCUCAUCCUAAUUAUCUUACUCUUGCAUUAUUAGCACUUUUAUAAAUUGCAUGUUUUUAUUUAUUUAUGUGAGUGGUCCUGCCACUCGGUGUUUUGUUAUUCCACCCUUACGGGUG